AUGAUUGUAGUGACCGCAAUUUCUGGCGCACAAAACGAAGAUGCGUUAUGUUAUUUGGUAGAAUUCGAUAACGAAGUUAAGAUUUUACUUGAUUGUGGUUGGAAUGAUCAGUUUAACGUUGAGGAUUUGAAGCAUUUAAGGAGAGUCGCCAAACAAGUCGAUUGUCUCCUUCUUUCUCAUCCCGAUCUACCUCACCUCGGCGCGUUUCCCUACGCUUGUACUAACUUCUCUCUCAACUGUCCCGUCUAUGCCACGGUCCCUGUCGUACACAUGGGGCGGAUGUGUUUAUAUGAUAUAUAUCUGUCGAAAACAAACUCGAUGGAGUUUGACGUGUUUGGGUUAGAGAAUGUAGACGUGGCCUUUGAGAAGAUAACUCCAUUGAAGUACUCGCAACCCAUGGCGCUUGGAGGUAAAUGUAAAGGCAUAACAAUAACGGCUUAUGCGGCUGGGCAUACAAUAGGAGGAACUAUAUGGAGGAUAAAGAAAGACACGGAAGACGUUGUUUAUGCAGUUGAUUAUAAUCACAAGAAGGAGAGACACUUAGAUGGAACAGUCAUGCAUGUCAACGGAGAAGUCCUCGACGCACUAAGCCGACCAUCACUGAUGAUAACAGAUGCUUAUAAUUCUUUAAUUAUACAUCCACCGCGUAAACAGCGAGAGAGCGACUUGUUUGAGGCGAUACAUUCCACGCUUGCAUCUUCCGGCUCAGUCCUUAUCCCCACAGAUUCGUCCGCCCGUGUACUCGAAUUAGCUUAUCUGCUAGAUCAGCGAUUUCAGAACGUCAAUUAUCCAUUAAUCCUGUUGACACAUAUGAGUUACCGUACGAUGCAAUACGCAAAGAGUAUGCUUGAAUGGAUGAGUGAUGCAAUUAAUAGACAGUUCGAUUCGACGAGAGAGAAUCCGUUUGAGUUUAGAUCGCUCCGCCUCUGUCACCGACUGAAAGACUUAAAUCAAUAUCCCGGUCCCAAAGUUGUCCUUGCCUCCAAUUUAAGUCUGGAAACAGGAUACGCAAAGGAUUUACUUCUCGAAUGGGGCACUUCCAAGUUGAACAACAUAGAUAUUGAUGACGUGAAUGAAGGACAGAAAGAUGAAACAAAAAACGGACAAUUGGGUGGCCCGAAAGACGAUCAUCAAACCGGGCAGAUGUUGACGACUGGGCAAACGAUUCUUCUUGACUAUCGGGAAAAAAUUCAGAUCUAUAAACGCGUCCCACUGGAGGGCAGCGAACUUGUUGAAUAUAAUCAAGAACUACAAACACGUCAACAACGUGAAGCUGCGCAGGCAGCCCUAAUCGCUCGUUCGAAGUCUAUAAUUGAAGAGUCGGAUGAUGAUGACGCCUCUUCUGACACUUCCGAUGACGACGAAGGAAUGGAAGAGCUUUUAUAUAACCAAUUUGAUUUGUACGUUCGAGACGCAACAAAAUCUGGAGGCUUUUUUAAGCAAACGCAAAGUUAUAGAAUGUUUCCAUAUGUGGAGAAGAGGAAGAGAUUUGAUGAUUACGGCGAAAUAUUGGCACCAGAGAUGUUUGAGGGAAGGGGCAGGAGAAAUGGGAGUGGAGGCUUGGGAGUGGAGAUUGAAGGAAGAGACGGAAAGGGCGAGCAAGAAAAAGAAGACCCUACUAUGGUCCAGGAUUUCGAUGUGCCAACGAAAUAUGUGAAUUACGAAGAAGAAAUCCAUUUCCGGUGCCAACUUCGUUUUGUUGAUCUUGAAGGCUUAAAUGAUGGCCGAGCCUUGAAGACUAUUGUCCCGCAAGUUCAACCGCGUAAAUUGAUCAUAAUUCAUGCAUCUCCGGAAGCAACAUCGGACUUUGCCCAGAACUGUUUAGUAAUCGAGUCAACAACGCGAGAUAUUUAUACGCCAGCAGUUGGAGAAGUGCUUAAUGUGUCGGCUGCCAUCAAUUUCUAUCAAGUGAAGCUGACUGAUGCUUUAGUUAGUUCUUUAAAAUUCUCGAGGUUUGGAUUUAUCACUUAUCAAAAGCUUGAUGAGUAUGAUUUAGCUUAUAUAACGGGCAUGAUCCAUCUUCCACCUGAUUCUUCUGUACCUGUUCUGGACUUGGUCUCUGCCGACGAAUCCACUGGAGGACAUUUACCAGUUUUUAUCGGAGAAAUUAAGCUGACGGAACUAAAACGCGUGUUACAAGCAGAAGGAAUAAUAGCUGAAUUUAAGGGCGAGGGAGUGUUAGUAUGUAACGAAAAAGUUGCUGUGAGGAAGUCUACUAAUGGACAGUUGGUAAUAGAAGGAUCACUGUCAGAGGAUUAUUACAAGAUAAGAGACGUUAUUUACGGACAGCAUGCCAUCCUAUAG